AAGUGCACCCAACAGAGUACCCCCUUACAUCAUGUGCCCCCAUCAGAGUGCCCCCUUACAUCAGGUGUCCCACAGUGCUCCCUUACAUCAGGUGUCCCCUUCACAGUGCCCCCUUACAUCAGGUGUCCCUUUCACAGUGCCCCCUUACAUCAGGUGUCCCCUUCACAGUGCCCCUUUGCAUCAGGUGUUUCCAUCAGAUUACCUCCAUACAUCAGGUGACCCUAAGAGAGUACCCCUUACAUCAGGUGUCCCCAUCACAGUGCCCCCUUACAUCAGGUAUCCCCAUCACAGUUCCCACUUACAUCAGGUGCCCCCUUACAUCAGGUGUCCCCUUCACAGUGCCCCCAUCACAGUGCCCCCUUACAUCAGGUGUCCCCAUCACAGUUCCCCCUUACAUCAGGUGCCCCCAUCACAGUGCCCCCUUACAUCA